AGAAAAAAUAAAUAGAGUGAAAAAAUGGAAAAGAAAGGGUUUUAGGCUGUGGGUGGAGCAUCGAACAUUGUUUUAUCCUCUCUCUCAGCAUCCCUUGUUCCCUCACAAAAAUGACGGAAGUUGAGGGUCUGAGGUUCCAGUCGUGAAUCAAACGGUUUUUGAGUUUAAAGUGCUGCUGGUUCGCAUCAAAGGGAAGGUCUUGAUUUCUCUCUCAAAUGGGUAUAGCUCUACCCUUACCAAAUCCCUCACCAACCAAUGAUUACAAGAUUGGAACUUCAAACCUCCAACAGUUCAAGCUUUUAACCACUCCGUUGAUUCUUAGUGGACUCGAGUCAUUGUAAGAUAAUGAAUUAUUUGCUUGUUAUUUUAAUAUUUCGAGAUUCUAAAGGCCAAAGUAGAUAAUUUAGUAUCAAUGAUGUCAUUAAGCUAUUUAUAUGCACAAGCAGAAAGGUUCUGAAACUCAAAUAGCAGAACCAAAAGGUUUUUGAUUUAAGGAGCUCCUACUCAUAAAUCAAACGUCAAGUCUUGUUUUCUGUUGCAUGGAUGCUUCCAAGAGAGGAAACUAAAAUUUCCAAAGUUGAUUAAUUCAAUCCUGUCUUGUUUUCUAGCUUGAGAGAAAGAGACCAGAGUAGGCAAGUCAACAAGUCAAUGGUCUUCCAUUGCUUUUAAGUUAACUUAAGCGUGUUCCACACUCUGAUUUGUAUUGUUGAAUUCUAAGAUCAAACCAUAUGGCCCACUGUACCUUUCAGUUC